AUGAUGAUUUAUUAAUCAAUGAUAAUGAACAACAACAACAACAACAAAAUGAUAAAAAUAAUCAAUUGUUAUCAUCAUCAAUAAAACAAAACGGUACAACUGGUGGUGAUACAGCAUCCGAAGCUGAUAAUUUUACUGAAACAUUUUCUGGUUCAUUAGAGGAUUUGGUGAAUACAUUUGAUGAUAAAAUCACUAAGUGUUUUGGUAAUUAUGAAGAAUCGGUGGAAAAUUUAGCACCCGUACAAAUACGUACACAAGAGGAAAUUAUGAACGAAUGCCAAAUGUGGUGGACUAUAACCGGAAAUUUUGGAAAUAUCUUACCAAUUGAUUGGUCAAAAUCAUAUGCUAGAAAAAUGCAGUUACAAGCCUUAAAUUUAACAGAACCAAAAGAUAAUUUAUCUCCAGAAGAUGAUUUACUAACGUUGAGCUCUGAAGAUGAAGCUGUGGCUAGUGAUUUAGAUAUGCAUUCAAUGAUAUUAAGUGGAUUGAACCAAGAUACAGAACCUAUUAUUACUGCAGAUGAAGUUAUUAGAGAAAUUGAUGACAUGAUGCAAGAGGAUGAAUCAUUAGAACGUUCACCUGACUCUGAUGGUUCAUAUUUGGAUGGUAAUGAAGUACUCGAAAAAGGAAAACAAGUACUCAGUUCCCCGUUGUAUGAAGACAAAUUGAAAGCUUUAAGUCUCUCUCAAUUAAAUGAAUUAUAUUUGGAAUUAGAAGUAUUAAUACGUGAGUUCUCAGAAACAUUAAUAUCAGAAUUGGCAUUAAGGGAUGAAUUAGAAUAUGAAAAAGAAUUGAAAAAUACAUUUAUUUCAUUAUUAUUGGCUGUUCAGAAUAAACGAAGACAAUAUCAUGUAGAAAAGAAACGGUCAUCUAAAAAUAAUGCUCAACGUUCGCCUCCAUCAGGGCUAGAUCCAAAAUACCUGACAACUGUUAUCCCUUACCAUCUUGAUAGCGGUCCACCAGAUAAUCAAGCUUUACAAGUUUUAAUAAAAAUUUUGAAGGCUAUUAAUGAAGACAGUCCAACCGUACCAACGUUAUUGACGGAUUAUAUACUAAAAGUUUUAUGUCCAACAUAAUUUAUGACGUAGAAAAUUAAAUAAUAAACUUUAAAUAAACUUCUACUUAUUAAAAUAAUCCACCGAAUAAAAAAACUAUGAAAAUAUAAUCAAAUAUCUCUAACAAAAUAUUAUUAAUUGUAACCUCUUUCACCACAAUUCAACAUUUCAAAACGAAAGAAUAAUGGAACAAAUCGCCUUCUAUAUUUUAAUUUGAGACCUCUAUAAAAUUAUAUACUAUAUUAUGUACAAAGGCAUACUUUAAGUACCUAAAACAUAAAAAAUGCCUUCAUGGAAAUAUUGUUAAAAAAUAUCGUCUACAAGAAAACUUCAACAAAUUAAAAAUUUGUAGUAAAACAAGUUGUGAAGUAACUUAUAAAAAUUGUUAAAUAUAAUCCGUCAUAAUGAAAACUCUAAAUUUUAUUCCAAAUGUCACGUCAGGCAACAAAAAUUACAUAGAUUAGCUGCACUUAAUUAGUGAUACCUUAAAGCUAGUUUGAAAUUCAGCGUGGAGUGACUUCAUAAUUAGCGAUCGUCUUUUUGGUUAUAACAUUGAUCAAUUCGUGAGCAGUUGCUAGUUAAUGAUUUCAAGUAACUUGAUUAGUUAGAAUAACGAUAGCUUACUAAUCGAGUGCUGAAAUAAUAUAUUAAACACGAUAAAUUUUGUUUAAGGUUUCUUGUAGACGACAAUAUAAUGUAUCAAAUUAAAAAAAUAGAGAUAUAUGUAUUAUUAACUUGCACUUCUAUUUCAAAACAAAAAAAGGCAAGAUUUAUUAAAAUCGCCCACUCUCUCUCCUUAUUGUUAGUGGAAUUUAUUUGAAAAAUCAUAUAAGAACUGUUACGUGUUGUGCUAAAAAACUUAUUGUAUAAUUGUUGUUAUAAGAAUUAUAAUAUAAAAAUUUUGAAAUUCAUUACUAUUGAAUUUCAAGGCUUCUGCUCAUAGUCAUUUAAGGAUGCUAAGUACUAUCUUAGUGCCUGUUGUUUCAUUUUAUAGUAAAUUGCCCAUUGAAGAGAUUGUAAAGAUUUGAGGGCAACAAUUUUAUUUGUUUCCACUCAAAGCGGUUUGUAUUCGCAAGUAAAAUAGUUAGUUGGCAGCGAUUUGAACAACAGAACAGUGUGCACUAAGAUAGUAAUUAUCGCGCUUACAUCAAAGAAAAAAAAAUUCACUGUCAGUUUACAAUAACAAUUAAGAUAAAAUUUGUGACUAAUUUUUUUUCUAGAGUUAACAUGACAUAACUUUUUUUUUUUAAAUCUGUAAUGAAUUAUUUUUUCGUUCGUUAUUUCAAUAACACAUUUUAAAAGUUAACAUGUUAAAUGUUAAUCCAAAACUGUGCCCCCAAACUAGAAAUUAAAAUAAGUAUAAAAUAAGCAUUCAUCGAUUUAAGUGAAUGUUUUUACAACAAUUAUAGAAUAAAAUAAAUAAUAAUUAAAAUGAAUAUUAAAUGUAUUCUCAAAGACAUUUAAUAUAUAUUUUAUGAAAGCAAUAAAGCAAUUUUGACUUCUUUUAUAUAAGAAACCUGCCAUACAUACCAUAUUUAGAUAAUGUUUAAUAAUAUAGAUGAGCAAAUUAAUUUUUCUUUUUAGUUGAUACGUAACGUACAUAGAAUUUAAAAAUUAAGGCAUCGGCCACAUUGAGAAUUUUGAUUACCAUAGUAACAUAGAACACAAUUAACAAGAAUUCCGCUCGGUUUCUUUUACUGACUCGAAAAAGACACGUUGGGUUUUGUAAACCGUGCGGAAAUCCUUUUAGUUGCUGUUGAUUGGACGUCUUCCAACGUCAACGUUCUACGUCUCAAUGUAGCUGAGAGCUCUUAUUUGAUAAAAAUUAUUUGACAUAAUGUUUAAGCAGGUCAUUAUUUACGUUAAACACUGCAUAAACACCUUAAGAAUAAACUCUUGAAAAUUACUUUUAAGUUAUAUAAAUUUUUCGUAUUUGUGAAUAAAA